AUGGCCGAUAUCUUCGACUCUGUCUGGGUAUCCUACGAGGAUGCGCCAUACGACAUCGUCAUGAAAGCCAAAGAUCCAGAUCCACCCAACUUCUUGCCCUCGCGUUCUUAUCCCGUCCCUCAUGUUUGCGCGUGGUGGCGCCGCCUCUCGAUGGACUCGCAAGUGGCACAGCCGGAGUUGCGCAUCCGUCUCGGCACAAUGGAGGGCCUGCCGCAAGGACACUUAGAGAAGGUUCUUGCCGGUGUACCGUACCCAUUUCUGCGUCUUCGGUUGCAAGAUAUCAAGCACUGCUUGAACUCACUGGACAGCGUCACAUCAUCUGCUCCUAGGUGGCGGAACGUUGCCCUGAUAGAUCCCUGGAGUGCGCAACUGCUUUCUGUUGGCAGCAUGUUCUUUCCCCACCUCAUUCAUCUAGAGCUGGGUUUCCUCAUGCACUGGGUGGGAGCAGAACCAGGGUCAUCCACAGAUAACGAAACGAGGCCGCUGCUGUUUGGAAACACUCCAGAGCUGUCUCAGCUAUCACUGGACAUGGAGUGCGUGCCCACGGCUUGGGAGAGGCUACCAUUCGGUCUACCCUGGCAUCAACUCACUGUCGUGGAUGUCAACGACUGCCCAUCCCAUAUCUGUGCCGAG